AUGGCUACUCCAUCAAUCACAACACCUAAGAAGUCCCAUACGGGUCUUUUCUCGAGUCGCACAGCUGGCGGCCGUGUGCCCUUGACCCCUUCUCCUCACCAUAAUGCCAACGUCAACUCUUCGCCCUUCAACAAGGACAAAUCAAACAACGAUGGCCAGCGAGCACCCGCCAAGUCGGUCUACCCCGGCAACCUCAGCUCGCACCUCGCACGAGCAGCCUCAACCAAGACUCACUGGGACUCACCCAAGUCCAACAUAGCGCGUGGGGCUGCGACUCCCAAGAAAGCUCUUGAGUUAGGCGUAUCUGAGUUUACUCUGACCGGCACCGGCGCUCAGGUGCAGGAGCAAACCCAGGCCGCACCUACCCCGAAGCCAAAGAAGACCAAGAUGAAGGCAAAGCCGAUCAAGACGACCGUUACUCUCAAUGCCGAUCGCUUCAUCCCCAACAGAGGCUCAAGCUCAGCCAUUGCCAAUGGCGGCUCCGGAAAGCUUAACAUGCGGGAUCAGAAGCGGCCAAAGUCCAGGACCGGCGAAUCGUCUAGCUCAACAGCCCUCGCCUCUACUACAGAUGAUGCUACUGAGCAGCUCGAAUUCGAUUCCCUCCUCCUCGACGACGAAGAGGCUGAGACCUAUGCCCGCCCAUCUCCCAACACCGUGGCGUAUCAGGACAGCUUGGCCAACGCCUGCGGAAUGAAUGUCAACACUCGAAUUUUACAAUUUAAGCCAGCUCCUCCCGAGUCCUCGAAGCCCAUUGAUCUCCGUCAGCAAUACAACCGCCCAUUGAAGGCCGCCAACUCGGCAGCUCAGUUCCGACGCCGCAUCGCUACAGCCCCUGAGCGUGUCCUUGACGCCCCGGGUCUGAUCGACGACUACUACCUGAACCUGCUGGACUGGAGCUCGGGCAACCAAGUCGCCAUUGGCCUGGAACGGAACGUCUAUGUCUGGACGGCCGAUGAGGGCUCUGUCAACUGCCUUCUGGAAACCUCUCCCGACACGUACGUGAGCAGCGUGAAAUGGUCCGGCGAUGGAGCAUACGUUGGCGUGGGACUCGGUACCGGUGAGGUCCAGAUCUGGGAUGUUGCCGAAGGCAUCAAGAUUCGCAGCAUGUUUGGUCACGACAGUCGGGUUGGUGUCAUGGGCUGGAGCAAGCACCUCCUAUCAACUGGUGCGCGAAGCGGUCUGGUGUUCAACCACGAUGUCCGUAUCGCCGAGCACAAGGUUGCAGAACUCGUUUCGCAUACAUCGGAGGUCUGUGGUCUUGAAUGGCGAUCUGAUGGCACCCAGCUUGCCACCGGCGGAAACGACAAUCUCGUAUCGAUUUGGGAUGCCCGCUCUCUUGCUGUCCCAAAAUUCACCAAGACCAACCACAAGGCUGCCGUCAAGGCUCUCGCUUGGUGCCCUUGGAAUAUCAACUUGUUGGCUACUGGUGGGGGUUCCUAUGAUCGUCAUAUCCACUUCUGGAACACCACUUCCGGUGCUCGUGUCAACAGCAUCGACACAGGUUCCCAGGUCACCAGUCUCCGAUGGAGCCCUCACUAUCGCGAAAUUGUGAGCUCUAGCGGCUACCCCGAUAACUCGCUCAGCAUCUGGAGCUACCCUACUCUGGUGCGCAAUGUCGAAAUUCCUGCUCACGAGAGCCGUGUCCUCCAUAGUUGUCUCAGUCCCGAUGGGCAGAUGCUCGCCACAGCUGCUGCCGACGAAAGUUUGAAAUUUUGGAAGAUCUUUGAGAAGAAGGCCGGAUCUGGUGCUGGCAUCAGCGGCGCUGGCACUUCUUCAAAGGCGACCAUGUCGAAGCAUAUGACAAUUCGUUAA